ACCAUCCUGGGUUCUGUCAAUGGGUUUAAAAACUCGUUGAUCACUCGAGUGGUAGAUAAUUAUCAAGCAAAAGCAAAACUCGCUGGGAAUGAUUAUCAAGCAAUAGCAGAAAAAGCUCUGAGUCACCCGAUGAACACCGCGGGCUUGAUGGAGCUGAUAGAGUACGUCCAAAAAUCCGAAACAGUUUCUCUAAAAUCGCUCGAGUCCACACUCUCCGAAAUCAUCGAAAAUGUGGCUUUUCUUUCCGACUUUUGGCUCCUCUCCGACGCUGAAAUCGCCACCAACAACAAUGCCUUCAACUGGUUCCAUAAGAUGCCAAAAAUUCUGGAAGAAUAUCGUGAGAAUGUUAAAACAAAAACUUUGUAUUUCCAAGACGCUUUAAAAUCUCGUUAUCACAAGUUUGAGGAAGAACUCGAAUCUUAUGCAAAACAAGUGGAGGAGAUCCAACACUGGGGAGACAUGGAGGAGGUCUUCAGAUAUCAGAAGAAAACUCAGAACCUGGAGAACAAAUUAAUAGCAGCUAUGGAAAAAAUCGAUAAGUUCAAUGAAGAGGAAGUCUCAUUUGGAUGGGAGACAACUCAAUAUCCUCUGCGAAAAAAAAUAGCGGAUCGUUUGAUUCCCUUUAAAAAGCUCUUCGAUGCCACUUGCGAAUUCCUUGUAAAACACGAGAAGUGGACAGGGUCGAUGAUCGGUUCUUACGAUCCUGAAGACAUCGACAACGACGUGAGCACUGCCUACAGGACUCUGUACAAGUUGGAGAAGCAAUUAGUUGAGGCAGAGCCUAAGGACCUUGCUGGCAUCGUGAGGGACAAAAUCGAGGAUUUCAAGGAUCGAAUGCCAGUUAUUAUGACCUUGGGAAAUCCCGGAAUGAAGCCUAGACAUUGGGACCAGGUGUCUGGAAUCGUCGGCUUCCCCAUUAAGGUUGACGCCGAACUAACGCUGGGAAAGAUACUCAACAUGGGCUUAGAUAAUUACAUCGACAAGUUCGAGGGCAUUGCUGAAGCUGCAACCAAGGAGAGCAGCUUGGAGAAACUAAUGGACAAGAUGCAGAAAGACUGGCAGAACAUGUUCUUCACUGUCAAUCCCUAUAAAGAGACUGGAACUUACGUAAUAGCAUCUGUUGACGAGAUUCAAGUUAUGCUAGAUGACCACAUAACUAAAGCCAUGACAAUGAAGAACUCCGCGUACAUUAAGCCCUUCGAAGCGCAGAUCCUUAAAUGGGAGGCGAAGCUUCAUCUGCUUCAGGAUAUUCUGGACCAGUGGUUGAGGGUUCAGGGGACGUGGAUGUACCUCGAGCCCAUCUUUACCUCUCCGGACAUUCAACAGCAGAUGCCAGAUGAGGGGAGACGUUUUACAGCUGUUGACAAGACCUGGAGGGACAUCAUGAAGACUGUGCAGGCGGACCCUAAAGUUAUGUCGGUGGUGGAGAUCGAUAAAAUGCUGGAGAGGUUGAAGAAGAGCAUGGGGUUAUUGGAGUUGAUUCAGAAGGGGUUGAAUGAUUAUUUGGAGAAGAAGAGACUCUACUUCCCGAGAUUUUUCUUUCUUUCUAAUGAUGAACUCCUGGAGAUUCUUUCCGAGACGAAGGACCCCACCAGAGUUCAACCGCAUCUAAAGAAGUGCUUCGAAGGGAUCGCAAAACUAGCAUUCGAUGCGGAUCUCGAAGUCCACAGAAUGAAAUCAGCGGAAGGUGAAGAAGUAGAUUUAGUGGACGUGAUUUCGACGUCUGCAGCAAGAGGACAAGUUGAGAAAUGGCUGUUGGAGUUGGAGACAGACAUGAGAAAAAGUAUUCGCAACAUGGUGAAACAAGCGAUUGACGCUUAUCCCCUCAAGGUAAGAACUGCCUGGGUCCUGGAGUGGCCGGGUCAGACGGUCCUCUGUGUUGGACAACUCUACUGGACCCAGCAGAUCGAGCAAGCGAUGCCACAAGGUGUCGCCGGCUUAAAAAAAUACCUAGACCAAUGCCAACAGGAGUUGCACGACAUUAUCUUGCUGAUUAGAGGGAAACUAUCGAAGCAGAAUCGAAUUACUUUGGAGGCAUUAGUAACACUAGACGUCCACGGCAAAGACACGCUAAGUCAGCUAUACAAAGACGAAGUAGUAAACAACAGCGACUUCAAGUGGCUCUGCCAACUCCGUUACUACUGGCAGGAGGAGAAUUUAAUUACCUACAUGAUAAACUCCAGUCUCCGCUAUGGUUACGAAUACCUCGGAAAUUCAUCCCGCCUAGUGAUCACCCCCCUGACAGACCGUUGUUACCGUACCCUCUUCGGCGCGCUCUCCCUCCAUCUCGGAGGAGCUCCAGAGGGUCCAGCAGGAACAGGAAAAACCGAGACAACAAAAGAUUUGGCAAAAGCGGUAGCAAAACAGUGUGUAGUUUUCAAUUGCUCGGACGGAUUGGACUACAUCGCUCUCGGCAAAUUUUUCAAAGGUCUCGCCUCCUGCGGCGCAUGGUCGUGCUUCGACGAAUUCAAUAGGAUCGAUCUCGAGGUGUUAUCUGUUGUUGCUCAACAAAUUCUGACGAUCCAAAGGGGAAUCAAUGCUGGAGCUGAGAAACUCAUGUUCGAAGGGACUGAAAUCAGUCUAGAUCCGACUUGUGCGGUCUUCAUUACUAUGAAUCCAGGGUAUGCUGGAAGGUCUGAGCUUCCAGACAAUCUGAAAGCACUUUUUAGGUCUGUGGCCAUGAUGGUACCCGAUUAUGCCCUAAUUGCGGAGAACACCCUCUACUCUUUUGGAUUUUAUAAUGGUAGACCACUAGCCGUGAAGAUCGUAACAGCUUACAAAUUAUGCUCGGAGCAGCUGAGUAGUCAGUGUCAUUACGAUUACGGCAUGAGGGCUGUAAAGUCAGUCCUGACAGCCGCAGGGAACCUGAAACUCAAGUAUCCUGAGGAGUCCGAGGAUGUGCUGAUGCUGAGAAGCAUCAAGGACGUCAACUUGCCGAAAUUCCUGAGCCACGAUCUUCCGUUAUUCCAGGGAAUAGCCUCCGAUCUAUUCCCCGGGGUCGUCCUUCCGACUCCUGAUUACUCGCACUUGAAUGAGUGCGCUAGGAUCGCGUGCGAGAGGAUGAAUAUUCAGUGUACGGAUUUUUUCUUGGAGAAAGUUCAACAGAUUUUCGAGAUGAUGAUUGUAAGACACGGUUUCAUGAUCGUGGGGCUACCCUUUGGGGGAAAAACUACUGCUUACAGGGUCCUUGCCGAGGUGCUGGGGAUGCUGGAGGAGAGAGGGCUGAUGGAGGAGCAUCAGGUGGAGAUUAUCGUCAUCAAUCCCAAGUCAAUCACCAUGGGACAAUUAUAUGGGCAAUUUGAUCCUGCCUCUCACGAGUGGAGUGAUGGGAUUUUAGCUGUGAGCUACAGAAGUUUCGCAGUCUCAACGAAUGAAAAUCGAAAGUGGUUAAUUUUCGAUGGUCCUGUUGACGCUAUUUGGAUAGAAAAUAUGAACACAGUGUUGGAUGAUAACAAGAAACUUUGUUUGAUGUCUGGGGAGAUCAUUCAACUCGCCCCGACUACUAAUUUGAUAUUUGAACCGAUGGACCUGGAGGUGGCCUCUCCAGCCACUGUUUCGCGAUGUGGCAUGAUUUAUAUGGAGCCUGUGGCCCUAGGGUGGGCGCCUUUGUUGACUUCCUGGUUGAAUACCCUGCCCGAAGGCUUAGGGGACCAUGUUAAAGCGCAUUUAGAAGGGAUGUUCCUGAGGUUUUGCCCGGCUUUGCUACAUCUUCUUCGUCGUUCGGGAGCUAGAGAAAUGAUCAAUAUGCCUGACGCAAAUCUGGUGAGAUCCCUUACAUAUCUUCUAGACUGCUUUUUGAGCGAUUACCAGACAGAUGGGGCCUUAUCUGGAGUCGUUGAGAGUGACCUGAGGGCUCAGGUCGAGGGCUCCUUUUUCUUCUCUUGUAUAUGGGCGAUGGGUGGGACCUUGAUGGUGACCUAUCGAGAGUGGUUCAACGAUUUAUUCAGGGGUCUUAUGUCCCCCGAACUUCCAGAAAAUAUUCACAAACGAUUCAAUCUUCCUCCAGAAAUCACCAGCCCGAAAGAUUCAUACAUAACGUCAAUCCCUUCACAGGGCUCAGUCUUUGAUUAUAAAUUUACGAAACAGGGUAGAGGGUUGUGGACACUCUGGGUGGAGGACUUAAAAACCGUCCCUGCUAUUCCCAGGGAUAUUCCCAUGAAUCAAAUAAUAGUUAACACCAUUGAAACUGUUAGGUACUUCUAUCUGUUUCAAAAUUUGGUGUCCCAGCACAAGCCAGUGCUACUAGUGGGGCCAACGGGAACUGGAAAGUCCGUCUAUGUAAUGGAGUUUCUGCUGAAGAGGAGCAAUCCACAAGUUUUCAAACCACUUUUUAUUACCUUCUCUGCUCAGACUACGGCCAAUCAGACUCAGGAUAUGAUUAUGAGUAAAAUGGAUAAGAGGAAGAAAGGAGUCUAUGGGGCUCCACCAGGGAAACAUUGGGUCGUAUUCGUUGACGAUGUGUCAAUGCCAUCAAAAGAGGAGUAUGGAGCACAGCCCCCCAUCGAGCUACUUAGACAGUGGAUGGACCACGAGUCCUGGUACGACAGAAAAGAACUAGUACCUUUUUAUUUGAAAGAUAUGCAGCUCAUCUGCGCCAUGGGACCGCCCUCCAGUGGAAAAGAUGUCACUCCCCGGUUUAAAAGGCACUUCUUUACCCUGAGCAUUUCUGAGUUUGAAGAUGACGUGAUGGUCACCAUCUUCAGGAAAAUCAUGAAGUGGCAUUUGGAAAGUCAGGGAUUCCCCGAUUUUUUUAGCUCUUGUGUGGAUUACAUAGUACUAGGAACUUUGGAUAUCUAUAAGGAGAGUUUGAGGCAUCUUCUGCCAACUCCAGCGAAAUCUCAUUACCUGUUUAAUUUACGGGAUUUCUCGAGAGUCGUCCAAGGUGUUCUGUUAUCAAGGCCUGACAGUGUUACCAAUUUGAUGGGGAUGAAAAGGCUUUGGGUUCACGAAGUGCUCAGAGUGUACGGAGAUCGGCUAGUCGACGAAAAUGACGUUAAUUGGCUGGUAGAACAAAUUACGAAGACCCUAAAAGACAGAAUGGACGACGAUAUAAACGUCCUCUUCAGAGAUUUCACAUCCCACCCUCGAGAACAAGUAACGGAAACUCACUUGAGAAAUCUCGUGUACUGCGAUUUUCAAUAUCCUUUAGAAGACAAAAAGCUCUACACUGAAGUGGAAAGCCUGGACGAGCUCAGCGAAAUAGUUCAGGAGUAUUUAGCAGAGUUUAACUCAAUGUCAAAAAAGCCCAUGAAUCUGGUUUUAUUCAGAUUCGCAGUGGAACACCUCUCAAAGAUCUGCCGAAUAUUGAUGCAGCCACGUAGCCACGCCCUGCUGGUAGGUGUAGGGGGUUCUGGGAGGCAGUCCUUGACCCGGCUUGCAUCACACAUCUCGGAUUACGAGAUUUUUCAGGUCGAAAUAUCACGUCAAUAUGGGGUGCACGAGUGGCACGAGGACCUCAAAACGAUUCUAAGGAAAACUGCAUCGAGUGAUCUCCACACGACUUUCCUAUUUACAGACUCGCAGAUUAAAGAAGAGUCAUUUCUCGAGGACAUCAGUAAUCUGAUGAACUCGGGAGAGGUGCCAAAUCUCUUUGCGACAGAUGAGAAAAUGGAGAUAUGUGAGAAAAUGAGACAGAUGGAUCGACAGAGGGAUAAGUCCCUGCAGACUGAUGGGAGUCCUGUUGCCCUUUUCAAUUAUUUCGUUCAAGUUGUCAGGGAGCAGCUGCAUGUGGUAGUCACUAUGUCGCCGAUUGGCGAUGGAUUCAGAACAAGAAUUAGGAAAUUUCCAGCUCUUGUCAAUUGCUGUACCAUUGAUUGGCUUCAGCCCUGGCCUGAGGAUGCUCUCCUGGCUGUUGCGACCAAGUUCCUGGGGGAAAUCAAAUUGCCGGAGGAAGAACGAACUGCUUGCAUUGAAAUGUGUCAAUAUUUUCAUACUUCUACGCAAGAUUUAUCGAAGGAGUUUCUGCUGAGAGCUAGACGGCACAAUUACGUGACUCCAACGUCGUAUUUGGAGCUGAUAAACACAUUCAAAGACCUUUUAUCUAAGAAGCAAGCGGAGGUGCUUGAAGGGAAGCGUAGGUACGAGACAGGACUCUCCAAGUUAGAGUCUACCCACAAGCAAGUGGAAAAAAUGCAGAGGAUCCUUGCGGCACUCCAGCCCAAGCUGGUGGAGGCUGCCAAGGACGUUGAGAGGAUGGUCGCUAAUGUAGAAAAGGAGAAGGAAGAUGCGGCGGUGAUUGCAGACGUCGUCAAGGCUGACGAGGAGGCCGCCGCGACUGUAGCAGCAGCAGCUGAGGAAAUCCGUGGGGAAUGCAACGCAGACCUCGAGCUGGUGAUGCCGAUCCUGAAUAUGGCGAACGCAGCUCUCAACACUCUCACCCCUCAGGACAUGCAAAUCGUCAAGACCAUGAAAUCUCCUCCUGCAGGCGUCAAACUGGUGAUGGAAGCCGUCUGCAUCCUGAAGGACGUGAAACCCGAGAAGAUUCAAGGUGAGGGAGGUAAAAUGGUGGACGACUACUGGAAACCCUCCCUCCGUAUCCUGGGGGAUAUGAAGUUCCUGGAGUCUCUUUUGGCCUUCGACAAGGACAACAUUCCCGAGAGAAUUAUCACGAAAAUUCGUACCACCAUCCUGACAAAUCCAAAUUUCGAUCCGGAUAAAAUUCGAAACGCUUCCACAGCCUGUGAGGGACUCUGCAAAUGGGUCUUCGCACUGUCUGAGUACGAUAAAGUCGCGAAAGUUGUCGCACCCAAGAAAAUUGCCCUCGCAAAAGCUGAGGGGGAGUACAACGAGGCGAUGCAAGCUCUGGAAAUUAAGCGGGCACAAUACAAAGAGGUGCAGCAGAAGUUGGAGCGAUUGAUGGACCUUCUUAAGCAGAGAACCGAUGAACUACAGGCGAUGAAUGACGAGGAACAGGAGUGUAAACAAAAAUUACAGAGAGCUGAGGAAUUAAUAGGCGGACUCGGGGGUGAGCACGACAGAUGGAGUGAAACAGCAAAAAUCCUUGGGGAACUCUACUUUAAACUCACAGGAGACAUUCUCAUCGGUUCUGGCGUCGUCGCCUACCUGGGAGUCUUCACAAUGCAGUACCGACAGGCCCAGAUAGAGAACUGGGUGAGACUCUGCACAGAGCUGAACAUUUACUGCACGAAAGACUUUCUGCUGGGUCAAGUGCUCGGAGAUCCUGUGUCUAUUCGCUCCUGGAAUAUCUUCGGUCUUCCUACUGACCUUUUUUCAGUAGACAAUGGAAUAAUUGUGUUCAAGUCACGGCGAUGGCCUCUCAUGAUCGAUCCUCAAGGACAGGCGAACAAGUGGGUGAAGAAUAUGGAGAAAGACGCCGGAAUUCAUGUGAUUAGGCUCAAUCAGAGUGAUUACACGAGAGUGCUUGAGAAUGCUAUUCAAUUUGGACAGCCUGUAUUGAUGGAGAAUGUCGGUGAGGAAUUAGACGCAGUACUGGAGCCAUUGCUUCUCAAGCAGACCUUCAAGACAGCUGGCUCCUUGUGCAUUAAACUCGGAGACUCAGUGGUCGAGUGGAACGAUAAAUUCCGAUUCUAUAUCACUACCAAAUUGCGAAAUCCUCAUUAUUUGCCGGAGAUUGCUGUCAAAGUUACACUUUUGAAUUUCAUGAUUACUCCGGUGGGUUUGGAGGAUCAGUUGCUGGGGAUUGUGGUAGCUAAGGAGAGGCCGGAUUUGGAGAGCGAGAAAAAUCAAUUGAUUGUUCAAGGAGCUGCGAAUAAAAAAAUGUUGAAAGAAAUAGAGGACAAGAUUUUGGAAGUGCUUUCAGGAUCAGACGAGAACAUUUUGGAGAAUCAGACAGCUAUUGCUAUUCUAAGCUCGUCAAAGGUAUUAGCUAAUGAAAUACAGGUGAAACAAGCUGUCGCAGAGGUGACAGAAAAAUCGAUUGAUGCAGCUAGACUUCAGUACACGUCCAUUGCUGUUCAUAGCACUGUUCUAUUUUUCACCAUCGCUGUCCUAGCAAAUAUUGAUCCAAUGUAUCAAUACUCCCUCGCCUGGUUCAUGAAUCUCUUUAAAGUGACAAUCGACAAUACACCACCAGUGGAAGACAUUAGUCAACGUCUUCAGGACCUCACCAAGGCAUUUACACACUCUCUUUACAUCAAUAUCUGUCGUUCCCUGUUCGAGAAGGAUAAACUUUUGUUCUCGUUGAUACUCGCAAUUAAUUUACUGAAUAAGAGGGGUGAAGUUUCAAUGUCACAGUGGAUAUUCCUGUUGACUGGUGGUGUUGGACUCGAUAAUCCUGACAGAAAUCCGGCUAAAUGGCUUCCUUCGAAAUCCUGGGAUGAACUUUGCAGACUUGACGAUGUUCCUGGAUUUACAGGAAUAAAAUCAAAAUUCGUUCAAAACGUGCAGAAGUGGAAGGAAAUAUUCGAUCACAGAGAACCCCAGUCUCAAAAAUUUCCUCAGCCCUUCGAUAAAAUAACUCUUUUCGAAAGAAUGUUGAUCUUACGAUGUCUGAGACCUGACAAAGUGGUGCCGUCGGUUCAACUCUUCGUAGAAGAUCAACUUGGGAGACAAUUUGUAGAGCCUCCGCCCUUUGAUUUGGCCUCCUCCUACGCCGACUCCUUUUGCUGCAUUCCUCUUAUCUUUGUUUUGACCCCUGGAGCGGAUCCCACCGCGGUUCUACUAAAAUUCGCUGAUGAUCAGGGCUUCGGCACAUCCCGACUCUUUUCUCUAUCACUGGGUCAGGGUCAGGGUCCAAUAGCCGUCAGUUUGAUUGACGAGGGAGUGAAGAAUGGCACUUGGGUUGUACUCCAAAACUGUCACUUAGCCAAGAGUUGGAUGCCAACACUGGAAAAGAUUUGCGAGGGUUUCACACCAGAAUCGGUACAUCCUGACUUCAGAUUGUGGCUCACCAGUUAUCCAGCUGAACAUUUUCCCAUUAGUGUUCUUCAGAAUGGUGUCAAGAUGACUAAUGAGCCACCCAAAGGACUCAGAUCGAAUAUUACGAGAUCAUUCCUUCAGGAUCCAAUCUGUGAUCCGGAUUUCUUCGAGACAUCGAAGCAAAAGAUUUCCUUCAAGAAAUUACUGUUCUCAUUGUGUUUCUUCCACGCUAUUGUCCAGGAGAGACGUAAAUUCGGGCCAAUGGGAUGGAACAAUCCAUAUGAGUUCAAUGAGACGGAUCUUCGAAUUAGUGUGCUUCAGCUAAAGAUAUUUCUCGAUCAAUACGACGAUGUGCAAUACGAAGCAUUGAAAUAUCUCACAGGUGAAUGUAAUUACGGCGGUCGUGUGACUGACGAGUGGGAUCGCCGCACUCUCAAUACAAUUCUCGAGGUAUUCUAUUGCGAGGAAGCAGUUGAAGACCGAUCAUACCGUUUCGACUCCUCGGGUCAAUACUACAUCCCAUGGGUCUCGGAGCACUCAGCAUUUCUCGACUACGUGAGGGAACUGCCGAUGAUAACGGGACCCAGUGUCUUUGGCAUGAACGAUAACGCUGAUAUAAUUAAGGACCAGCAGGAGAGCGAGAUUAUGAUUGCCUCCAUUUUAUUAACACAAGAUACGGCGUCAGAAGCUUCUGAAAGCGGUAAAAGCCCUGACGAAAUAGUAUUCACAGUAUCUGAAGACAUUCUGUCGAAACUUCCCCCGGAUUUCGAUUUAGUAAACGCCUUGGAGAAGUAUCCAACAUCGUACAAUCAGAGCAUGAACACGGUGCUCGUACAGGAAAUGGGUCGGUUCAAUAAGCUGCUUCAAACGAUCAGAAACAGUCUGGGGGGUGUACAGAAGGCGAUCAAAGGACUGACGAUAAUGAAUUCAGAACUCGAGGAAGUUUUUACGUCCAUAAUAACUGGAAAAAUACCAAACUUGUGGAAGAGAGACUCUUACCCAUCCCUGAAGCCCCUGGGCAGUUACGUUCAGGAUUUUAUUCGUCGUUUGAUGUUUUUACAGGAGUGGUUUCAGAAAGGGCCGCCGGCUUCUUUCUGGCUCUCUGGGUUCUUCUUUACUCAGGCUUUUCUCACUGGUGCCAGGCAGAACUAUGCCAGAAAGUACUCGAUACCCAUUGAUCUUCUCGUCUAUGAUUUUCUUCCACUUGAGGGGAGUGAGUUUGAUUCCCCACCCGAGGAUGGAAUCUACAUUUAUGGGCUGUUUCUUGAUGGCGCCAGAUUUGAUAGAAAAACGAUGAUGCUGGAGGAGGCCCUCCCCAAGGUUCUCUAUGACGAUGUUCCCUACCUAUGGCUUGUGCCAAUGAAAAAAGAGGAGAUAAAAGAGCGAGUGACGUACACGUGCCCAGUGUACAAAACGAGCGAACGUCGUGGCGUAUUAUCGACCACCGGGCAUUCAACAAAUUUCGUGAUUGCCAUGUGGCUGCCAACAGUGAAGCUACCGAACCACUGGAUAAUGAGAGGAGUCGCAAUGCUCUGUCAAUUGUCCCAGUGAUAAGCUGACGCAGAUGUCAGCGUUGGAGAUCGAAGUAUCCGGAGGUAUAGGGCGCUGGGAGUUGUCAAGGUAGACGCGAUAGAGGCGGAUUCAUCGGCUGGCAUCCGGGACAGAAUGGAUAGACGGGAGAGAAAAUGUAGGGGUGGAAUCAAGAGAGAGCAGCGCAGGGAGGGUGGCAUGGAACGGGGAAGGGGUGAGAGGGUGGAGAGAUUUGAGGGGGUGACGUUCGGCCUGGUAGCGGCACCCUGUCUACUCGGACCGAGAUCGCCGGAGGCUCGUUGCCUAGCGACGUCGUAUUGAUCUCACCCGGUGUGUUCGCAUCUCGGGCGGCUUCCACCCAUCCACCCACCCCGUUCAUCCCAACCACCCCUUUUCGCUCAUUCGCGAAACUCAGUUUUCUUCGUCUCUGUUGUUUUUAUUCACCAGAGUAAAUUUAUCUAUUUCUCUGUCAUCUGAAGGCUGGGAUGCCAAGAGCGUAGGAAAAUUGUCAAUUUAAUCUGGUGAAUUUCGAAACUGAUUCAUUUUUUUUUUGGC